AUGGCUACAGCAAUUCAUUAUGCUUUUCCACGAAUAAGAGAUAUACCGGGUCCGCAACCAGGACAAUUUGGUCUACUUGAACGUCCGUAUCGACCAAAUAAAAAUAUUGUGACUCAAAAUCGAGAAAAUGAAAAUAUCCGAUUAACUCUUGACAAGCAAAAUCGUUCAGCCAAACGUGAACUAAAUAAAAUUGAAUUUGAGCAGUUAUCAUCUGGAAAAGCUUUUCAUGCUGAAGUUCGACGAGAAGUUCAACGUCGAUUGAAUGGCGUUAGCCAUCAAUUAGAAGAGCGCCGGGAACGAUUACGUGAAUUAUUAUCGUGUGAAGAAGCUCAAUAUAUGCAAGAAGCAGCAGCAUCCAAAGAAACACUUCCUCAACGAAUAUCAAAAAUGAGACAAAAAGCGAAAAAGAUUCGUGAAGAAAAAGAAAAUGAACAUCAGCGAAUUGUACAAGAAAAACUUGAUCAACGAUUUCGUCGAGAUUGUGCUGAAUUACGCGAACUUCAAUCUAAAGGGUUGAACAAUGAAUUGGGAAACGAACAUUUAUGGCAAAUGAAAGAGAAAAUCGAUAGACAAAAAGAUAAAAAGGCAGAAGAUGACUUUUUUACUCAGUUAUGGUAUAAAGACAUAGCAACUAAAAAGAAUCGUGAAGAACGUGAUGAAGAACAAGCCCGAUUUAAAAGCCAAAGUAUGUCGAAUAUCCUUCAACAACAGCUCAAAGCUGCUGAAGCUGAAAAAAACGAAAUGAAAGCAAAGAGAAAAGAACAUUCAGAAGCUGCUUGGACCCUCUAUCGUCAACAAAAAGAAGAAAAAAUUACUGAACAUCAAGAGAAAAUGAGAAAGCAAGAAGAACAAAGAAAAGUGCUUGAUGCUGUCAUGAGAACCAAACAAAAAGUACAAGAACGUAAAGCAAAAGAAGAAUUAGCCUUAGAACAAAAAUUAAUUGAAGAAACAAAUCAAGUUGCAAAAAGUGACGAGGAUCAAAAACUAAAACGAAUGUCUGAAUUGCGUGAAGAAGGACAACGUUAUCGUGAAUAUUUAGAGCAACGAAAACUAGACGAAAAAAUGAAAGAAAUUGAAUUAGAAAAAGUUUUACACCAAGAGUUAGAAAAACAACACGCUAAACGUUUAGAAUCUAUUAAAGUUGAACGUGGGAAGCGAGAAUUAUUAUUAAAACAAGUUAUCGAAGGGCGACAACAGCAAUUAACAGAAAAAAUAAGACGAAAAGCCGAGGAAAAAGACGAUUUUAAUUGGGAAAAAGAGAACAUGAAAAAUGUUGUUGAACAAGUUAAGCAAGAAGAAGCAGAAAGAUUAACAAAAAAUCGGAUGAAACAAAUAACAUAUCGGCAAAAUCUUCUUGGACAAUUAGACUAUGGAAAACGUCGACAAGAAGAAGAAGUACACGAAAAUCAACGUGAAUAUAUGGAAUGUAUGCAAGCAGAAGUAGCCUAUCAGGAAAAAUUAACUUAUGAACUCGAACAUGCAGGUAUUUCCCAUCAACAUCCAGUGAGAAAAUGGUAUAGUGCAAAAACUGGUACUGCGUAUAGACCAGAUAAACCGUCAAUGGAUAAUCGUUCAAAAGACGAUUUGUGUUAUCCUUCAAAACCGGUUGAAUUAGUUUUACCAACUAAAUUAUUACCAGUUCCCAUUGUAUAUCACUGA